AUGCGCCUUACUGCUGGUAUUGUUGUGCUCGCCGCUGGUGCCAUCGCUAGAGCCCAGCUAUCCAAUAUCCCCCAAUGCUCUCUUACUUGUUUUACCUCGACCCUUGGCGGAGACGGCUGCUCUGACCUUACGGAUUUCGCGUGCCAUUGCCAAAAGCCUGGCCUCGCAGCGGAGAUCGUGCCUUGCGUCAAUAAAGCCUGUGAUGUCGCGGACCGACAAGCCGUAUCCAGCCUCGUUGAAUCCUUGUGUUCCGGUGUAGGCCAUCCGGUCUCAAUCCCUGCGAUGGAUACAUCCGCUCCCACAACAACUUCCGCAAGAGUUAUUCCAACUACAGCGACGAGCUCCAAUUCUACCACGGUCAGUGGUUUCGGGACAGGUUUCGGGACAGGCUUCAAGACUUCGUCCACGAUCAGCCCAGCUUCGGCCCAGAGCACCUCACAGUUCAAUGGUGCCUCUAGUAUUGCGCCCGGAGCCGUUCAGAUGGUUGGUAGUGUUAUCAUGUUAGCCAGCAUGAUCCUCUUUGUUUGA